AUUGCUUAAAAAUUAUAACCUCGAAACGAAGAUUUGGUUUGUAUUUCGUAAGUUGAAUUUACACAAAAUAAAAUGAGAGAGGUGUGUUUAUCAAACUGUGAGAAAAAUUUCAUACAGCAAAUUGUCUCAGAGGGUCAUCGACUAGACGGUAGAUCCUACCAUGAAAGCAGAAAACUAAAAAUCUCAUUUGGCUCAGAAUAUGGAAGUUGCAUUGUUUCUCUAGGAGAAACAAGAGUACUGGCUCAAGUUUCUUGUGAAGUUGUGCAGCCAAAACAAAUUAGGCCCAAUGAAGGUAUAUUAUAUGUUAAUGUUGAGCUGGGUCCUAUGGCUGCCCCGCAAUUUGAAGCUAACAGGCAGUCUGACCUAUCAGUGUACCUCAACAGACUGCUAGAGAAAUGCUAUAAGGAUUCUAAGUGCAUAGAUUUGGAAUCACUGUGUAUAGUUGUUGAAGAAAAGGUAUGGUCUCUAAGAGUAGACAUUAAAGUCCUGAACCAUGCUGGGAACCUCAUAGAGUGUGCUAGUAUAGCUACUCUCACCUCCUUGGCUCACUUCAAGCGGCCAGACGUUACUAAAAGUGGUGACACUGUCAUAAUCCACUCAAUGACUGAAAAGGAUCCCAUACCCACCGUCUUAUACCACUAUCCUGUCUGUGUCACUUUUGCUAUUUAUGGGAAUGACAUCCUAAUCUCAGAUCCAAGCUUCAUGGAAGAAUCAGUAUGCAUGAGUAGCACAGAAGAGGGAAUCAAUACUGGUGGAGGCUUGCUAGUAGUUGGAAUGAACCAGUACAAAGAACUGUGCUUACUAGACUUGACGGGAGCUGCCAUAUACAGUGCCAACUUGGUGCAUAGAGCCAGCCUCAGUGCCGGUACACGGUGCAAGGAUAUUGUGGACCUUAUCAAGCAGAGUAUUAUUAAUGAUGAUAACUUGAGACAAAAGAGAACAAAGAUCAACUUUGCAGACAUAAUAACAAGUGAUCACGUUCUCUCACUAACUAAGAGAGACCUUAGCAUAUGUUUGAAGAGCUAUGAUGCCAAUGACUUGAAAGAAAGUGAUGAUGAUGCGGAUAUGAAGGAUGCAGAUGAUGAUGAGGAUAUCAAGGAGGAACCUAGUAAAUAUGAUGUGGUGGCAUCUACAAAACUAACAGCCGAAGUUGUGGCCAAGAAAGGCGCUUCCUCGUGGAUAGAAAUAUCAUCAGAGUCAGAGGAUGAAAAAUAACAACCAAUAAAUCAAGUUGUUACAUUAGAAUGUAAUAAAAUUUCAUUUUACAAUU